AUGUCGCUGCUCCAGUUCCUGCUGCGCUCCCUCAAGUACCCUCGCGCCGAUUCCUUCAACCCCGAUGAUCCAGGGCAAUUCCAGGCCGUGUUGGUGUGGCUGGAGAACACAAAAGUGCGACAAUACCCGAUGGACGGCCGCCAGCAGCUGCAGAGCGGCGACCCAGCCGAGUGGCGGGCCGCCCUGCAGAAGUACCUGGCGGAUCUAGAGUGCCCGAUCAAGCCGGACGCCGCCAACCACCGGGCCGUGCUGCAGUGGCUGCUCACGCAUGCGGUGGGGCUGGAGUACACAGACGCCUCGCAGCAGUUUGACCAGGUGGCGCAGCGGGUGGAGGCGGAGGCGGGUCCCCCAGAGCAGUGGACCGAGCCCGCGCUGCCACCUCUGCCAGACAUCACCACCGAUGCAGUAAAGGCCGCGCUGCUGCAGCUGCAGCAGCUGCUGCAUCAGCAGCGGCAGGGGCAGGCCGCGCCCGGCGGCGCCGAGGCAGGCGCCCCGCCUGCGGCGGCUGCGUCGGGGGCCUCGCAGCGCUCUGCGGCGGCGGCCAUGCUGGCGCAGUACCCGCUAGGCUUCUCCACAGGCGACGCGGCCGCCGACCUGGGCGCCACCAUCCUGCGCAUGCUUUACAUCAAAGACCUGCGAGCGCUGCAGACGCUGGUGGACUCUGCCAUAGUCCAGGUGCAGGAGUAUACAGCCAACCCGCGUACUGACGCCAGCCUGGGCAAGGUGGGCAGGUAG